AUGGGUACUCUCAAUGAGAAGACAGGCGAUACCAUCGAUGUCGUCGCGCCAGCUGAUGUCAACCCUCAACGUGAGAGCUUCGAUGAGAAGAUUUCUGUUGAUGAAGUGGCAAAACAACUGAAUGCUACACCCGAAGAGGUCCUCGAAGCAAGAGAACACUCCCGCAGCCUCUCCCUCCAAGAAACCCGUGAAGCCGCCGAAAGACUCGUCUCCCAACACAACCUCGACCCAAACUUCCCCGCCGGCGCCCUCGAACGCCUCAAAGCCUUCCUCGCCAACGACGAUAUCCUGACCAACCCAGACUCCCACGCCCGCGAAAUCUCCGAAGCCAAGGUCGAGGUCUCGCUGCUCACCAUCAAUAGUCCCUACGCUGAGGUCCGCGCCGUCGUCGACCCACACGAUGACCCCAGCCUGCCCGUCUCCACGAUCCGCGCCUGGGUCAUCGGGCUCGCGUUCGUGGUGUUCAUCGCCUUCAUCAACCAGCUCUUUAGCGUACGUCAGCCGUCGAUCACGCUGAGGGCCGAGGUCGUGCAGCUGUUGGCGUAUCCGGUCGGCAAGGCCGCGGAGAGGUUCCUGCCUGAUGUUGGGUUCACGUUGUUUGGUGUUCGGCAUAGCUUGAACCCGGGUUCUUUUAAUAAGAAGGAGCACAUGUUGAUUUCGAUUAUGGCGAGCGUUGGCAAGACGCUGCCUAGUUCGAGAUAUAUCAUCUUCACCCAAUGGAUGGAUCGCUACUUUGGGCAAAAGUACGCCAAGUCAUUCAGCUACCAAAUCCUUCUGGCUCUCUCCACGAACUUGAUGGGUUUCGGUUUGGCUGGUCUGUGCAGGCGUUUCUUGGUGUACCCAGCCUUUUGUCUAUGGCCGGCAUCAUUGGUCACCAUUGCUCUGAAUAGCUCGCUUCAUAACGAGACAAACCACCCGGUCGCCGGCCCCUUCAAGAAGAUCUACAGCAUAUCCCGCUACCGCUUCUUCUUGGCUGCCUUCGCCUGCAUGUUCGUCUGGUUCUGGUUCCCAGACUACAUCUUCGGCGCCCUCUCACUCUUCAACUGGGUCGCGUGGAUUGCGCCCGAUAACUUCACCCUCACCGCCAUCACCGGUGUUCGCAAAGGUCUCGGUUUCAACCCUCUGCCGACCUUCGACUGGAACGUCGCAACCCACGUCGUCCAGCCCCUUGUCGUCCCCUUCCGCGUCACGUUCAACACAUUCAUCGGCGUCUUCAUCGGCGGCAUCACGAUCAUCGGGCUGUACUGGACGAAUGCGUACAACACAGCCUACCUCCCGAUCAACUCGAACCUCAUGUAUAACCACUUCGGUGGCUCUUACAACGUUUCCAAGAUCCUUGAUAGCCGGGGGUGGUUGGAUGAGGCCAAGUACCAAGCCUACUCCCCCGUCUACCUGGCCGCCAGCAGCAUCACUAUGUAUUAUUAUUUCUUCGCCGUCUACGCCGCGACAAUCUCCUAUGCGAUCCUCUUUCAUCGCCACGACAUUGCGCUGGGCUUCAAGAGUCUGCUCCGGAGCUUCAAGAAGGAGGCGUCGCAGGACUUCAAGGAUGUCCACACCAGGAUGAUGUCGAACUAUCCCGAAGUUCCCGAGUGGUAUUACCUCAUCCUCAACCUGCUCGCAAUUGCAUUCGGUGUCGCGGCCGUUGCUGCUUGGCCUACUGAGACCAGCGUCGGCGUCGUCUUCUUCGGCAUCGCGCUCGCCCUUGUCUUCGUCAUCCCCACUGGUAUCAUCUUCGCCACGACCGGAAUGGAGGUUGAGUUCAAUGUGCUGGCCGAGUUCAUCGGCGGUGCAUGGGAACCCGGCAAUGCUCUCGCCAUGAACUUCUUCAAGUGCUUCGGCUACGUCACAACCGCCCACGCCCUCGACUUCGCCAAUGACCUGAAGCUAGCCCACUACCUCAAGAUCCCCCAGCGCCACACCUUCGCCGCCCAAGUCGUCGCCGUCUUCGUCUCCGCCUUCGUCUGCACGGGCGUCAUGAACUUUCAGAUUGAAAAUAUCCCCGACCUCUGUUCGACCAAUCAGAAAGACCGCUUCUCCUGCCCCGGCGUCAACACCUACUUCACCGCCGCAGUCCUCUUCGGCAGCCUGGGCGCCCGCAAGGUCUUCGGCUCCGGCGGCAUCUACACCGCUCUCCUCUCCGCCUUCCCCGUCGGCUUCGCCAUCCCGAUCCUCUUUUACGUCUUCCAGAGGCGCUUCCCGCGCACGCACUGGGUCGCCAAGAUCCACCCCGUCAUGAUCCUCAGCGGCGGCAUCAGCUGGUCUCCCUACAACAUCGCGUACAUGUGGCCCGCCGUCAUACCCGGCUGGCUGAGCAUGGUCUACCUCCGCCAGCGCUACCUCGCCUUCUGGUCAAAGUACAACUACGUCCUGUCAGCCGCCCUUUCGACUGCGAUCGCAAUCGCUGCGGUGGUCAUCUUCUUUGCGGUGAGCUAUCACGGGUUCGAGGUCAACUGGUGGGGCAACGACUCGGAGAAGGGCUGCGAGGCGACGGCUUGCACGAGGCUCAAGCUGCCCAAGGGGAAGUACUUUGGCCCUCGCAUCGGGACGUAUGCCGGAUAG